AAAUCGCAGAAAGGAAUAGACCCACCGCCCAUUUGUCUUUGGGUUUUUCUCUUCAUUCCCUCUCUCGUCUCACCUUCUUCUUCUUCCCCAAGAAGCUUCCUCGAAAUUUACUACAAUAUUCGAGAUCUACAUACACAGAUUACACAUACCUUGUUUCAUUUCACCUUCGAUUCAUUUCAAUUGUAUUGAAUGGCGCAAUACAUCCAACAAUUUCUCAACAGCGUGCUGUCGCAGAGGGGGCCGGCGGCGCUGCCGUACGCCGAGGAUAUGAAGUGGCACAUCCGGCAGCACUUGUUGUACCUCACCGAAGCCUACCCUUCUCUGCAGCCUAAAACUGCUGUCUUCACGCACAACGACGGUCGCACCGUCAACCUCCUCCAGGCUGACGGCACGGUUCCGAUGUCUUUCCAAGGCGUCACCUACAACAUCCCGGUUAUUAUCUGGCUUAUGGAAUCCUACCCGCGCCACGCGCCUCUGGUUUUCGUUAACCCUACACGCGAUAUGAUCAUUAAGCGCCCCCACCCCUUCGUCUCCCCCAACGGUGUUGUUUCAAUUCCGUAUCUACAUUCAUGGGUCUUCCCUGCCUCCAAUUUGGUUGAAUUGGUGCGAAAUUUGAGUCAUUUUUUCGCCCGUGAUCCGCCGCUUUAUUCGCAGCGUAAGCCGUCAAACCCUAGCCCGAACCCUAAUCUGAAUCCCAGUUAUAGUAGUAUGAAUUCCUCUAUGGGGUCCACAGCGGCACGGCCGGCGAUACCACCAAGGGAAUAUUCCCCUGCGCCAACUCCACCACCACCGUAUGGGAGUGGGAGAAUGACCGAGGAUCCGGCUGAGGUUUUUAAGAAAAACGCGGUAAACAAGCUCGUGGACGUUGUAAAUGGUGAUAUUAGGGAGUUGAAGAAGUCGAGGGAGGAGGAAAUGGAAGGAUUAUUCGGAGCACAGGCAUCGCUGAGGAAGCGGGAGGAGGAGUUAAGAAAAGGGUUGAAGGAAAUGCAGGACGAAAAGGAAGCACUAGAGCAGCAGCUACAAAUGGUUUUAAUGAAUACCGAUGUUUUAGAGGGAUGGUUAAGGGAGAAUGAAGGGAAACUGGGGAGUAAUGAAGUUAAUUGUGUGGAUGUGGAUGAGGCAUUCGAGCCAUGUGAUGCGCUGUCAAAGCAGAUGUUGGAUUGCACUGCAUCAGAUUUGGCAGUGGAGGAUGCUAUAUAUGCAUUGGAUAAGGCUGCGCAGGAAGGAGCGAUACCAUUUGAUCAAUACUUGAGGAAUGUGAGGCUUUUGUCGAGAGAGCAGUUCUUCCAUCGUGCCACGGCUUCAAAAGUCAGGGCUGUGCAGAUGCAGGCUCAGGUUGCUAGCAUGGCUUCCAGGGCGUCAACACAAUAUGCAUUCUGAUGAGCUUGUAUCUUAUCCAUUGUGGUGCAAUCAUUUGUUUCAGGUACGAUUUGGUGAAAUGAUUGGAUAAAUACAUUUUACGCACUGUUAAUGCUGACUUCGUGUAUUCAUAUUACUGUUUUAUUCAAUUGAUUUCUUUCUGUAAGACAAGGGCCGGAGGCAAUAAAGCUCAUUGUGCAGUUUACAACACUGA